AUGAGCCAGCCGAUUUAUGAUUCAAAACAAGGUGGUUUUCGUGUGUUCGUUGGUAAUUUAGGUUCGCGUACGAGUGUAUCUGACCUUAAACAAGAAUGUGAACGAUAUGGACCUGUAAUUGAUUGUUGGGUAGCACGCAAUCCACCAGGAUUUGCGUUUAUACUUUUUAAAUAUGGUGAAGACGCUGUUUCAGCUGUUCGAAAUAUGGAUGGCCGUAUGGUAUGUGGGCAACGUGUACGAGUAGAACACGCCAAAGCACGGUCAGUAUAUCCUCGCAAUGCACCAUCAUAUGGUGGUUAUCACGGUGGAGAUGAUGGUAAUGAUGACGAUCGAGGUGACGAUCGAAAACGUCGUCGCCAUCGUUCACGUGAUCGUCGUUCACGUUCUCGAAGCAAUAGUCGAGAUCGUUCGAAAAAGAAAUCAUCACGUCGUCGACAUAGUAGUCGUGAUUCAGGCGAUGAUUCAGGUCGUGAUCGUACUUCUCGACGUAAACAUAAAAGUCGUUCUCAUGAUCGAAGUGAUUCAGAUGACUCAAGUAGUGAUCGUGAUAAAAAACGUUCUGGACAUCGUCACACGAAAUCAAAAACACCAACUGACAAGAAAGCUAAUGACUCUAAACGUCGUCCAUCGAAAUCACCAUCCAAAGCCAAGGCGGCUAGUGACGAUGAUCGUGCAUCCAGUCAUUCAAAAGACAGUUCAGCAUCAUCAAAACAUGACCAUCAAAGUAACGAUGUUGACAAUGGAAGUGAUAAACGAAAAUUGUCGCGUUCUAAAUCUGACGAUGAAAGCGAUGAUGAAAGUAAAAAAAUUAAACGUCGUAGUUCAACAAAUGAAUCUAUAGAUGAUGAUGAUGAUGAUGACAAAGAAGGAAACGAAUCAAAACGUUCAAAUAGCGAAAGUGAUAAUCAAAAUUGA